AGGAACUUGCACUGCCAUGCUCUGAAUGCACCAUCAAUCUCUACAAAAAGAUCAGCCUUUGGUGAAAUCUGACAGAAGAUGUUCCCACAGUCAGCUCUCUGGAAGUGCUUACCACGGGGGAUCCUCAUUGCCUCCAUCUUGGCGGUCAGCUGGGGCCAGUACGAUGAUGACUGGCAAUAUGAGGAUUGCAAACUAGCCAGAGGAGGACCACCAGCUACCAUCGUGGCCAUUGACGAAGAGAGUCGGAAUGGUACAAUUGUGGUGGACAAUAUGUUGAUUAAGGGGACUGCUGGAGGACCGGACCCCACCAUAGAGCUCUCUCUGAAGGACAACGUGGACUACUGGGUGCUGCUGGACCCCGUGAAACAGAUGCUUUUCCUGAACAGUACUGGAAGAGUGCUGGAUCGAGACCCUCCAAUGAACAUACACUCCAUCGUGGUGCAGGUCCAGUGUGUCAACAAGAAGGUCGGCACGGUUAUCUACCAUGAAGUGCGGAUCGUAGUGAGGGAUAGGAACGACAACUCACCCGAAUUCAAGCACGAAAGCUACUAUGCCACAGUGAACGAGCUCACUCCAGUUGGCACGACAAUAUUCACAGGGUUUUCAGGAGACAAUGGAGCUACAGACAUAGAUGAUGGCCCUAAUGGACAGAUAGAAUAUGUCAUUCAGUACAACCCAGAAGAUCCGACAUCCAACGACACCUUUGAAAUCCCGCUCAUGUUGACCGGAAACGUGGUGCUGAGAAAACGACUCAACUACGAAGACAAGACUCGCUACUACGUCAUUGUCCAGGCUAACGAUCGUGCCCAAAAUCUGAAUGAGAGGCGAACGACCACCACCACCCUCACGGUCGACGUUCUGGAUGGAGACGACCUGGGACCCAUGUUUCUGCCCUGCGUUCUUGUGCCAAACACUCGUGACUGCCGCCCUGUCACCUACCAAGCCACCAUCCCUGAACUGAGGACUCCGGAAGAACUGAACCCUAUUUUGGUGACCCCACCUAUCCAAGCCAUUGAUCAGGACCGAAACAUCCAACCACCAUCAGAUCGACCUGGCAUCCUCUACUCCAUCCUUGUCGGCACCCCUGAGGAUUACCCGCGCUUCUUCUACAUGGAUCCCAGGACCGCAGAAAUCACUCUUCUGGAGCCAGUAAACAGAGACUUCCAUCAAAAAUUUGAUUUGGUGAUUAAGGCUGAACAGGACAACGGCCACCCACUUCCUGCCUUUGCUAGUUUACAUAUUGAAAUUCUGGAUGAAAACAACCAGAGCCCAUAUUUUACAAUGCCCAGCUAUCAAGGAUACAUCCUUGAGUCUGCCCCUGUGGGAGCCACCAUCUCCGAGAGCGUGAACUUAACCACACCUCUGAGAAUUGUAGCCCUGGACAAAGACAUAGAAGACACGAAAGAUCCGGAACUCCACCUUUUCCUCAAUGACUAUACCUCAGUCUUCACCGUCACACCCACUGGCAUCACCCGCUACCUUACCCUGCUUCAACCCGUGGACAGAGAGGAGCAGCAAACAUAUACCUUUCUGAUAACAGCAUUUGAUGGUGUGCAAGAAAGCAAACCAGUGGUGGUCAAUAUCCGGGUGAUGGAUGCAAAUGAUAACACGCCAACCUUUCCCGAGAUCUCCUAUGAUGUCUUUGUGUACACAGACAUGAGUCCUGGGGACAGUGUCAUUCAGCUGACAGCAGUCGACGCCGAUGAAGGCUCCAAUGGGGAGAUCUCCUACGAAAUCCUGGCGGGAGCCCAGGGGGACUUCGUGAUCAACAGGACGACGGGGCUGGUGAGCAUUGCUCCCGGAGUGGAGCUGAUCGUGGGACGGACCUACGCGCUGACAGUACAGGCCUCGGACAACGCCCCGCCUGCAGAGAGAAGACACUCCAUCUGCACCGUGUACAUCGAGGUGCUGCCCCCCAACAACCAGAGCCCGCCCCGCUUCCCGCAGCUGCUCUACAGCCUGGAAGUCAGCGAGGCCAUGAGGAUCGGCGCCGUCUUGCUAAGCCUGCAGGCCACAGAUCGAGAGGGAGACCCAAUCACAUACGCCAUCGAGAAUGGAGACCCUCAGCGGGUUUUUAAUCUUUCGGAAACCACUGGGAUUCUCACGCUAGGGAAGGCGCUGGACAGGGAGAGCACGGAUCGCUACAUCCUCAUUGUCACAGCCUCGGAUGGCAGGCCAGACGGGACUUCAACGGCCACUGUGAACGUGGUGGUGACAGAUGUCAACGACAAUGCUCCUGUGUUCGAUCCCUACCUGCCCAGGAAUCUCUCUGUGCUGGAGGAAGAGGCCAACGCCUUUGUGGGUCAAGUGAGGGCAACAGACCCAGAUGCUGGGAUAAACGGCCAAGUGCACUAUAGCCUGGGAAACUUCAACAACCUCUUCCGCAUCACGUCCAACGGGAGCAUUUACACGGCCGUGAAGCUGAACAGGGAAGUCAGGGACCGCUACGAGCUGGUUGUCGUGGCAACGGACGGAGCGGUGCACCCUCGACACUCCACCCUGACGCUGUACAUCAAAGUGUUGGACAUUGACGACAACAGCCCUGUUUUCACCAAUUCGACGUACACGGUCGUGGUUGAAGAGAAUCUGCCCGCCGGGACCACCUUCCUUCAAGUAGAGGCUAAGGAUGUCGACCUAGGAGCAAAUGUGUCAUAUCGGAUCAGAAGCCCCGAAGUGAAGCACCUUUUUGCACUGCAUCCGUUUACUGGAGAAUUGUCCCUUUUGAGGAGCUUGGAUUACGAAGCCUUUCCUGACCAGGAAGCAAGCAUCACGUUCUUGGUGGAGGCCUUUGAUAUUUACGGGACAAUGCCACCUGGCAUAGCGACAGUCACAGUAAUUGUGAAGGACAUGAAUGACUACCCUCCGGUGUUCAGCAAACGCAUCUACAAGGGGAUGGUGGCUCCGGAUGCUGUCAAGGGGACACUGAUCACCACCAUCUACGCCGAAGACGCAGACCCACCUGGUUUGCCUGCAAGUCGGGUGAGGUAUAGAGUGGAUGAUGUGCAAUUUCCGUACCCUGCCAGCAUUUUUGAUGUAGAAGAAGAUUCCGGAAGAGUAAUAACCCGUGUCAAUCUUAAUGAAGAGCCUACAACAAUUUUUAAGCUGGUGGUUGUGGCUUUUGAUGAUGGAGAGCCUGUGAUGUCCAGCAGCGCCACCGUGAGAAUUCUUGUCUUACAUCCUGGGGAGAUCCCACGCUUCACCCAAGAGGAAUAUAGACCUCCUCCUGUAAGCGAGCUUGCCACCAGAGGGACUGUUGUUGGAGUCAUUUCUGCUGCCGCCAUAAAUCAGAGCAUCGUGUACUCCAUUGUGGCAGGAAAUGAGGAAGAUAAGUUUGGAAUCAACAAUGUCACAGGCGUCAUCUACGUGAAUGCUCCUUUGGAUUACGAGACAAGGACCAGCUACGUGCUUCGGGUGCAAGCAGAUUCGCUGGAGGUUGUCCUCGCCAAUCUCCGGGUCCCCUCAAAAAGCAAUACAGCUAAAGUGUACAUUGAGAUUCGGGAUGAAAACGACCACCCGCCUGUGUUCCAGAAGAAAUUCUACAUUGGAGGUGUGUCUGAAGACGCGAGGAUGUUCACGUCUGUGCUCAGAGUGAAGGCCACCGACAGGGAUACGGGCAACUAUAGUGCCAUGGCCUACAGGCUCAUCAUACCACCUAUUAAAGAGGGCAAAGAGGGGUUUGUGGUGGAAACAUACACAGGGCUUGUCAAGACAGCCAUGCUCUUCCACAACAUGAGGAGAUCCUACUUCAAGUUUCAAGUGAUUGCAACGGACGACUACGGGAAGGGGUUAAGCGGGAAAGCUGAUGUUCUGGUCUCGGUGGUCAAUCAGCUGGAUAUGCAGGUGAUUGUCUCCAACGUGCCCCCAACGUUAGUGGAGAAGAAGAUUGAAGAUCUUACAGAGAUUUUGGAUCGCUAUGUCCAGGAGCAAAUUCCCGGUGCCAAGGUUGUGGUGGAGUCCAUAGGUGCCCGCCGCCAUGGAGACGCCUUCUCCCUAGAAGACUAUAGCAAGUGUGACCUGACAGUCUAUGCCAUCGACCCCCAGACCAACAGAGCCAUUGACAGAAAUGAGCUUUUUAAAUUCCUGGAUGGCAAACUGCUCGAUAUCAAUAAAGAUUUUCAGCCUUAUUACGGGGAAGGAGGGCGCAUUCUGGAGAUCCGGACUCCCGAGGCGGUGACAAGCAUCAAGAAGCGAGGAGAGAGUUUGGGGUACACGGAGGGGGCCUUGCUGGCCUUGGCCUUCAUCAUCAUCCUGUGCUGCAUACCAGCCAUCUUGGUUGUCCUAGUGAGCUACCGACAACGCCAGGCUGAAUGCACGAAGACAGCGAGAAUCCAGUCGGCCAUGCCUGCGGCCAAACCUGCAGCCCCCGUGCCCGCAGCCCCCCCACCGCCACCACCCCCAGGAGCACAUCUCUACGAGGAGCUGGGAGAGGGCGCCAUGCAUGAGUAUGAGAUGCCCCAGUAUGGAAGUCGCCGCCGCCUGCUGCCACCACCCUCCCCGGAGGAGUACGGCGAAGUGGUCCCCGAAGCUGAAGAGGAAUCUGAAGAGGAAGAGGAAGAGCCAGAGAAAGUUAAAAAGCCCAAGGUUGAAAUUAGAGAACCUAGUGAGGAAGAGGUGGCGGUCAGCGUAGAGAGGCCGCCGGCCGCCGAGCCCACCUUCCCGACGUGGAAGAGAGCCAGGAUAUUCCCCAUGAUCUUUAAGAAAGUCAGAGGUCUGGCCGAGAAAAGGGGCGUCGAGCCGGAGGAGGAGGACCGCGACUACCUCCAGCUCGAGGUCGACCAGGAGGCCGCCACGGAGAGCACCGUAGAGUCCGAGUCCGAGUCCGAGGAGGAGUCCAGCGACUACACGGAGUACACGGAGACCGAGUCGGAGUUCAGCGAGUCGGAGACCACCGAGGAGUCUGAGUCCGAGACGCCCUCGGAGGAGGAGGAGGAGGAGGAGAGCUCCACCCCGGAGUCGGAGGAGUCCGAGUCCACCGAGUCGGAGGGGGAGAAGGCCAGAAAGAACAUCGUGCUGGCCAGGAGGAGGCCUGUGGUGAUGGAGGAGAGCCAGGAGGUGAAGGGCAGGAGAGAGGAGCGGCCUGCCCAGCCGGAGGAGGAGGAGGAGCCGCCGGAGGAAGGCGGGGAGCCAGCGCCCCUGGACCAGUCCGCGGACCUGGAGGCUGGAGAUGCUCCGGAGGAGGGCAGCCCUGAGUCGGUCUCCAGGGAAGGGGGCGCGGAGAGCGAGGAGUCGGAAGCAGAGCCGAGCGGCAGCGGCAGCAGCAGCAGCAGCGAGAGUCUCUCCGGAGGGCCCUGGGGCUUCCAGGUGCCCGACUACGACCGAAAGAAGGAUGCUGCAGAGCCACAGAAAGCCCCGGGGGCAGACGCGGAGGCCUACAACACGGCCCUCUAGGAGGAGAGGCAGCAUGGGCAAGAAGGAGAAUGAUCAAGC